AUGGAUAAAGAUGUAGAUCCCAUUGAGGUUGCUAAUGAUAAGUCUCUGGAUGACUUUAUGAAAGAAUAUCUCCCUUCAAACAAAGAUUGGACCAUAUGGACCCAUCCAACAACCUCAUCCACCUACUCCAUAACCCUCCAAACAGCCGCCUCCCUUUCAACCCCCGACUUCAAGGCCUGUUUCAACCUCAUCUCAACCACCAGUUCAGCAGACUACAAGAAAUCCCCCGAUGGUUGGAAACCGCGCUCCAAACAGAAAGAAAUGAAACUCCUGGAUCUCAAGUACCUCAUCGUCAAAUCAUCCAAUGUGGAAGAAGGAGUCCAAGGCUUUGCGUCUAUAAUGCCAACGUACGAAGAUCUUUAUCCCGUCCUCUAUAUCUACGAGAUCCACCUAUGCUCAGCCCUGCAAGGCACUGGACUUGCAAACACGCUCAUGAAGCUCAUCCUCGACAUCGCGCACAAGAUCCCAAGCACGCAGAAAGUUAUGCUGACUUGUUUUACGUGCAACGAGAGGGCGGUGCGAUUCUAUGAGAAAGCUGGGUUUGCGAAAGAUGAGUUUUCGCCGCUGCCGAAGAUGUUGAGGAAUGGGAGUAAGAAGGAGGUUGAUUAUGUUAUUCUAAGUAAAGCUGUCGAUUAA